UCAUACAGUAAAUAUUUGUGUUUGCUCAGCCGGCUGUAAUGGUGGAUGACUGAAAGAGAAAGAGACAAGAAAUAACCGCACGGACUGAAAUCCUGGUUGAACACUGAAACACGCGCUUAGAAAAUAAGCACCGGCGAAUAUGGAUGAACUUAAGCACCAAGUGAUGAUAAACCAGUUUGUCCUGACAGCUGGGUGUGCGGCGGACCAGGCGAAGCAGCUUUUGCAAGCGGCACAUUGGCAAUUCGAGACUGCGCUCAGUGCCUUUUUUCAAGAAACCAAUAUUCCAUACAGUCACCACCAUCAAAUGAUGUGCACUCCAGCCAACACGCCCGCGACACCCCCGAACUUCCCGGAUGCACUUACCAUGUUCUCCCGUCUCAAGGCCUCGGAGAGCUUCAACAGCAGUAGCCCCAUAGCCUCCAUGGCCACCUCUCCUCCCCCUCAGGUCAGCUGGGGCGUGACCCCCUCUGCCCCGAGCCAGCAGGGACUGUGGACUCAAGGGCACGCGCCCUCACAGGCACCCCCUCCUGGCUGGCCCGCCGCCGUUACCCAGCAAGCCUCCACGGAACAGAAGGCCAGCGUAGCCAUGGAGGCCGAGAGAUGAGGGCCUGGACGUAAGGGCCACACACUAAC